CUAACCUAAACGCCGCCACCGGAGUUGUGGAGCACAGACGCUACUGCUGUGUGAAGCAGGACAACGUUGCUGAAUGUAGCUUCAUUUCUGCUCUUUUCUUUGCACGAGCGUCGGCUGAGUUCGUUACUUUAAAAAAAAAAAAAGUAUCUUUUUUUAAUCACCGGGUGAACGGCGGACGUGAAUGUUGGCGUCAUGUAGGCUUUGCAGACUUUGGACAACAAAUCGGGUAUUGUCGGUGAAUUCUCGGGAGAUGGCAGAAUAGUUCACUCGUUUAGCGAGCCCUCAAAAAGCACUUUAAAGAAGAACCCGCAAGGUCUACAAUGACGAGUGGGGACAUGAUUCUGUUGGUUGUGAUCACCCUGGUCCUUCCCUGCUCUAGCUUGGAAGGUGAGGGCAGCAUGAGAAAUGAAUGUUUGUGUGAUGGAUCAUCUUGCAGCAGUGAGGACCGGUGUUUUGGCCAGCAGUGCUUCACCUCUCUCAGAGUACUGAAUGGGACAUCAGUCUUGCUGAAGGGCUGCAUUGUGGGUAAUGAAUAUGGGGCCUUGCGCUGCAGAAAUGUACCAACUCCGGAGCUGGUGGUGGAGUGCUGCUAUGGACAUUUGUGUAACAUGAACACCUCCCUGCAGUCCCCAGUGAAGGAUGUAGAACUGUCUGCUGGCAGACCAGUCCUCAGAGACCAGGAAUGUGUUUGCGAGGGCGGCGAGUGUGAGCAUGACCAUCGCUGCACAGGCCAGCAGUGUUUCUCCUCGCUGAAGAUGAUUGAUGGGGCAGCCAUCCAACAGAAGGGCUGCCUGAGGGACGACGAGGAGGGCAGAGCCACCUGUGCCAUGCCACCCUCAUCGGCCCAUGUUGUCAAGUGCUGCCAGGGCCAUCUGUGUAACAUGAACGUCACUGUGCAAGCUCCAGGGAAAGAAGAGGAAGUAAAGCCACCGAUCAAGGAGGAGCACCAGUGUGUAUGCGAGGGAAGCUCAUGUGUAACAGGGAAUCGCUGCAUGGGCCACCAGUGUUUCUCAUCUUUGACAGUUAAUGCCGGCUCCCGGAUGUACCAAAAAGGCUGCUUUAAGGCCUAUGAGCAGAGCACGUUGACCUGCAAAACCCCACCUUCCAGAGACCAGAUUGUCGAGUGCUGCCAUGGUCACCUGUGUAACAUGAACAGCACGGUGGAGCUGCCGUUCAAAGCUGAUGAACUAUCCAACUACAGUGUGACCACACUGGCUAUUGUCAUAGUGGCGCCCAUCAUUGUCCUCAUCAUCCUCUCUGCUGUCGCUAUCCUGCUGUUCAGACGCAUCCAUCACAACCAGAUGGAGAGACUAACAUCACGAGAUGCUGAAUAUGGAACUAUCGAUGGCCUCAUAGCAUCUAACGUGGGGGAGAGCACUCUGGCGGAUCUGCUGGAUCAUUCCUGCACUUCAGGAAGUGGCUCAGGCCUCCCUUUCCUUGUUCAGAGAACUGUUGCUCGACAGAUCACACUGAACGAAUGUGUGGGUAAGGGCCGCUAUGGUGAAGUGUGGAGGGGCCAGUGGCAGGGAGAGAAUGUCGCAGUUAAAAUCUUCUCCUCCAGAGAUGAGAAGUCCUGGUUCAGAGAGACUGAAAUCUACAACACCGUUCUACUGAGACACGAGAACAUCUUGGGCUUCAUCGCCUCAGACAUGACAUCAAGGAACUCCAGCACUCAGCUGUGGCUCAUCACUCACUUCCACGAGAUGGGCUCCCUCUAUGAUUACCUCCAGCUCAGCACCCUCGAUGCUUGCAGCUGCCUCCGCAUGGCGCUCUCCAUCGCGAGCGGCCUGGCACAUUUACAUGUUGAGAUUUUUGGCACUCAGGGCAAGCCGGCCAUUGCCCACAGAGACCUCAAGAGCAAAAACAUAUUGGUGAAAAAGAACGGACAGUGCAGCAUUGCCGACCUUGGUCUGGCGGUCAUGCAUUUUCAAGACACCAACGAGUUAGACGUGGGGAACAACCCUAAAGUUGGCACAAAGCGCUACAUGGCCCCCGAAGUGCUAGAUGACUCCAUCCAGAUGGACUGCUUUGAGUCCUACAAGAGAGUGGACAUCUGGGCCCUGGGCCUCGUCCUGUGGGAGAUUGCCAGGAGGACAGUCAGUAAUGGCAUUGUAGAAGACUAUAAGCCACCUUUUCAUGAUGUGGUUGCAAACGAUCCAAGUUUUGAGGAUAUGAAGAAGGUUGUUUGUGUGGAUCAGCAGAGGCCUAACAUCCCAAACAGAUGGUUUUCAGACCCAACUUUAACCUCCAUGGCUAAACUGAUGAAGGAGUGCUGGUACCAGAAUCCAUCAGCCAGAUUAACAGCACUGCGCAUCAAAAAGACUCUGACAAAGAUCGACAACUCUUUGGAUAAAAUCAAAACAGACAAUUGAGCCUUCCUCAACAAGAAGAGGCAGACGUAUGCUAAAGGCCUUUGAAGACAUCCAGAGGAUGGACCAUCUUAGAGAAAUUUUAGAAGAUAAAAGACUUAAUGGGUUCAGUGCCCUUAUAGUGGCACAGGCCUGUAUUUAUUUUAAAACACUUGGCGGGACACAUUUUGGCAUCCAAAGAUGGCUUACCGGGCAUUUCUGAGACUGCCAAUGGUCUUUGAAAUAGGAAAAUAUCUAUUCAACGUAUAACAUAGGACCUGGACUGUUAGAAAUGUUCUUCGAGGAAGACUCUGUUACUUGGGCAUUUGAGUAGGGUUGCUUUUCUUAGAAGUCCACAUUUUGUUUGACACAUUUUUUCAGUUUGAAAAAUGUCAGAACAUAGCAGUUUCACUUUAUCUCUUGAACUGUACUGCAUUGCUCAUGUGCAUUACGGUAGAUUCAUACGGAACAGAUGUCAACUUGCCAGUUGAGCUUGCCACUUUAAUCAGCAAACAGUGAUCAAUGCAAGGCGUGUUACGUUGUUUUACUUUGUGUGUGAUGCGCCACUGUUUACAAUGCUGUCAGAACAAGUUUCUUGGGAUUUCAUCAGCUCUAUAACAUUAAGUUGUACAGGUACAUCAAUGGCACUGUCUUUUUCCUGAUAUACGUCCAACUAAAGGUACUCUGUUGCAAACCUUUUAUAUAUCACAAUGACUUUUACAUUGAAUUGUGUAUCUGUUCUGUUUUGUUUCUUAUGCUUUACAGAGACAAAUGCUUAAAGAACAAGUAAAUAUCUGCUAGAUGAUGCUGAACUCUAUUCCUCCAGAAGCCUGUAUACUGUCUUAACGCGUGCAUUGUUGUCUUAAUGCGUGCAUUGUCAAGUAAAUGAAGUCAAACUUCAGCCUUUUUUUUAUUUCUUUAACAUUUUAUAUCAAUUAGUGAUUUUUAUUAAUUAAACAGUAAAACAUA